GCGCACCACGUCCAUCAUGUCGCUGGUGGAGACCAUCCGGCUGUGGCAGGAGGGGGUGUGUGCUGCGGAUGGCAAGGAGUGGCACGCGGCCCUGAAGGCCUUCACCGCCGUCCAGAACCCACCGGCCAAAAUCUGCUUCAACAUCGGCUGCACCCACCUGGUCCUGGGGCAGCUGGCCGAGGCAGAGGAGGCGCUCACCCAGAGCAUCAGCUGUGACAAGCACCUGGCCGUGGCCUACUUCCAGCGGGGAAACGUCUUCUACAAGAGACACAACUAUGAAAUGGCCAUGAAGGAUUUCAAGGAGGCUCUGGCCCAGCUGCGAGGCAACCAGCUCAUCGACUACAAGAUCCUGGGGCUGCGCUACAGGCUCUUCGCUUGUGAGAUCCUUUACAACAUCGCACUGGUGUAUGCGACCACGGAGGACUGGAAGAAAGCUGAGGAGCAUCUGACACUGGCAAUGAGCUCAAAGAGUGAGCCCCAGCACAACAAGAUUGACAGGGCAAUGGAAGCCAUCUUGAAGCAGAAGCUCUAUGAGCCAGUGGCAAUUCCCACAGGGAAGCUGUUUCGACCAAACGAAAAGCAAGUUGCUCAACUGGAGAAGAAGGACUACCUGGGAAAAGCCAUGGUGGUGGCAUCCGUGGUGGACAAGGACAGUUUUUCAGGAUUUGCUCCCCUCCAACCGCAGGCUUCUGGGCCUCCACCCAGGCCCAAGACACUGGAAAUCCUCAGGGCUCUUGAAGGGCAGCCGCACCGCGUCCUGUAUGAGUUCAUACCUGAAACUGCUGAGGAGCUGCAGGUCCUGCCUGGAAACAUCGUCUUUGUUCUGAAGAAAGAGAAGGACAACUGGGCUACGGUGAUGUUUAAUGGGAAGAAAGGGAUUGUCCCCUGCAACUUCCUUGAGCCCAUGGAGCUCCAGCACAAGCUGCACGUCCAGGACGAAGCCCCACCUGAGCUUGACAUCCCUGAGCCACCCAGCAGCACUGCUCCAAGGCCCCGGCGGCCAGCACCAGACUUCGUUCCUGUUGCAUCAACGCAGCAGAGAGAAGCCAAUAAGGAAACCGAACCGGCCGUCCCCAAGCCCUACGUUCUCAAGGUGCAUUACAAAUACACAGUUGCCACGCAAGUCAAGCCAGACCUGUCCUACAAGGAGCUCCUGGACCUGGUUUGCGACAAGCUGGAGCUGCAGCCUGAGCACACAAUGCUGAGGUACAAGCCUGCAGUUAGCAGAGAGCUGGUGACUCUGAGCACGCAGAACCUAGAGGCAGCAUGGAACCACAGCAAGGAUCGGUGCCUGACGGUGUGGUGUGACUGCACAGAGGGAGAGGGAUUUUUACUUGACAGCAAACCAGAGGAGUCGCAGAAGGCAACAGCAGAGACGGGACCAACCCAAGUAGUAGCACAGUACAGUUACGAGGCCACACAGCCUGAAGACCUGGAGUUUCAGGCUGGAGAUGUGAUACUUGUUUUAUCCAAAGGUAACAAACUGCAGUCUGCCACCUCCAGGUGGAAAAUGGGGCGAGAAGGUUUGCAUCGAAUGCAAAGGCUUCAGACCAGUCAGAAAACGUCACAGGGACAGCAGGUGGAAGCCAAGGGAAAGGACACACAACCUGCUGUCCUAACAAUUGCAAGAUGGGAGAGUUUCACUUCAGCUGUCUUCAAGAUCGCUGAUCAGUGUAUUCUUGCUUCCUUCUGACCCUGCACCAUGCCCAGAGCGCUGUCAUUCCAAUUCCUCUCACUUGGCACCCUUUCCUGGCUGCUUUUCUUUUGAGGUUUUUCUUACCUCAUAAACUUUGCUGUCUCUUUCUCUUCUGCACUCCUCCUCCCUGUCUCCUGUCACCUCUCCACCAGGCUAUUUACCUGCAGAUGAUCUUAAAAAUGGGUAAUCGUGCUCCUGCACAUCCCUAGGGUGAUAAAAAUGGUGUCAAUUUUAUCUUGCAGUGAAUGAAGACUGGUUGGAAGGGCAAUGCAAUGGCAAGAUAGGCAUCUUCCCCUCUGCUUUUGUUUGUGAUGGUAACACUAAAGACCCAGAGA